CAUGUUCUUGGCAGGUGUUACAGUGUGAGAACAUAUGGUUCUGUACUGUAUGGGAAUGUGUCAAAGCUGAUCUUCACAUAAAGCAGACUUUAAGAGGGUUGUUUACUCGGGGUCCGGUGGGCGGAGGGUUUUUCUGUAUGUACUUUAAACUAUAGGACUGAAUUCAGCCGUUGAACACCGGUGGGUUUGGCUCCGCGCGCGUUACGCAGCGUGAGUGAAAUCUGAGGAGGGUUUAAAAGGCUCUGAGCAGAACCACAGACAGUCGAGGAGAGACAUUUGAAGAUCUGGGUUGCGCGCGCUACUAAUAACCUGUAAAAGUCUUUACAAAAUGGGUAAAGUUAGUGAUUCAUCCCUUGUGGGAUUUAAAUCUGCAUUACUUUGUUUACUAACACAGAUAUUCAAUCAGUAAUCUUUGAGCUAUCCAACUCGUAGCGCGCAACAGGACACCGGCGUUUCCAUUUUACGCGCGUCGUUUUAACGCGUUGGACUGCUGUUGUUUUUGACAAAUCGUACAAUGGGACAUCUGAGCAACACAUCGCACCCGGCCAACUCCACCGACCCGUUCGGGCGCGACGAAGAGGUCGCCAAAAUCGAGAUCGCGGUCCUCAGCGUCACCUUCGCGGUCGCUGUGAUCGGGAACUGCAGCGUCCUGCUGGCCAUUCACAACACCAAGAAGAAAACCUCCCGCAUGCACCUGUUUAUUAAACACCUGAGCCUGGCCGACCUCGUGGUCGCGUUUUUCCAGGUCCUUCCACAGCUUUGCUGGGAAAUAACCUUCCGAUUUUACGGCCCGGACUUCUUGUGCCGGAUCGUGAAGCACCUGCAGGUGAUGGGCAUGUUCGCGUCCACUUACAUGAUGGUUAUGAUGACUCUAGAUCGGUAUAUCGCCAUCUGCCACCCUCUCAAGACCCUCCAGCAGUCCACGCGGAGGUCCCACAUCAUGAUCGGGGGCACGUGGAUCAGCAGCCUGGUCCUCAGCACCCCUCAGUACUUCAUCUUCUCCCUCAGUGAGAUCAAGAACGGCUCUGAUGUUUACGACUGCUGGGGCCACUUCAUCCAGCCCUGGGGACCCCGCGCGUACAUCACCUGGAUCACAGCCGGGAUAUUCCUCAUCCCUGUGAUCAUAUUAAUGACCAGUUACGGGUUCAUAUGCCACAGCAUCAGGAUGAACAUCAGAUAUAAGACGAAGAAGACGCCGACUGAUGGCGCGCACAAGAACGGGCUGAUCGGGAAGAACUCGGUGAGCAGCGUGACCACCAUCUCCAGAGCGAAGCUGCGCACCGUCAAGAUGACGUUCGUCAUCGUUCUCGCGUACAUCAUCUGCUGGGCGCCGUUUUUCAUCGUGCAGAUGUGGUCAGUUUGGGACAAGAACUUCAGCUGGGAUGAUUCAGAGAACACGGCCGUCACUCUGUCUGCGCUGCUGGCCAGUCUGAACAGCUGCUGUAACCCGUGGAUAUACAUGGUUUUCAGCGGACACCUUCUGCAUGACUUCACUCACUGCUUCCCCUGCUGCCAGCAGAUCCACCAGAGCUUCAGGAAAGAGGACUCGGACAGCAGCUUACGCAGAACCACGCUGCUCACCAAAAUCACCAACCGAAGCCCCACGUGUAGCUCGGGCACCUGGAAAGAGUUCGAUCAUUCCCCCAAAUCUGACAGGUCGGCUCCGGCUGGGACGUGAUGCAUGCGGCCCCUGGGAAUGUGCCUUUAUUGACCAGCACUUUGGUGAGACUCUCGCAGCAGCGUGACGGGCCGCAGGUUCGAGCGUUCAGACUCAGAGAUCUGGAUGCUGAUUGAGUUCAGCAUACUCAAGCUCAGGAGAGUUCAUUCUGUUUCAUUUAAGCAUGUUUCUCUUAAAACUAAAAACAGAGACACUAGCUGUCAUCCAGUAAGAGAGCUGUAAAAUGAAUAUGGAGAACAGCUCGGAUCAUUUGAUGAGAAGCAUUUGAGUUUUCUGACUUUUUAUUGCAGCCAAGCAAAGAUUUGAGAUCUUCUCUGAAGCUUUUUAAGUUUUUUUUCCCUCUACUUUAGCUGAAGUCUUUAUUGCUGUCGUCAGAGAGAAGUUUGGAAUAAUUACGAUUUUUUUAAUGUUUUUGAAAUAAGUCUAUGGAAGCUUGUUUCCACCACUGAAUAAGAAAUAAAAGAUGUAAUUGCACUUUUUUAUAUCAUUGCGUGAUAUAAACUCACAAUUGUGAGAAAAAAGUCAAAAUUGUGUGAUAUAAUCUCGUAAUAGUGAGGAAAAAAAGUCAGAAUUGUGAGAAAAAAUCAAUUUGCGAGAUAUUUCACUGGGGGUGCUUGUUUCCACGAUAGAAAAAAAGUCAGAAAUGCAAGAAAAAAGUAAAAAUUGUGAGAAAAAAAGUCAGAAUUGCAAGAUAUAUACUCAUAAUUGCGAGAAAAAACUCAAUUUGUGAGAUAUACACUUGUAAUUGGGAGAAAAAGUCAAAAUUGCGAAAAAAGU